CCUUCCCCUUCCCCCUCCUCUCUCUCUCUCUCUCUCUCUCUCUACCUGCAGGUCGUAGCUGAAAAUCGAGGAAGAAAGACGGAUGAAACGUUGACCCCGAGAUCCAGCGAUCUUCCAUGGCGCUGUAAUCGCUGCUGCGCGGCGAGGAAUCCAUCGGCGAAAGCCGCCCCCCCCUUUCUCUCUUCCUUCGACGACGCCCAGGUUCUCGUAAUUUCCUCCAUUCGCAUCCCUCGCUAGAUCCGCGGAUCAAAGGUCCGAACUUUAUUCCGCAUCCGGGCGCGAGUUGGAACAUGGGUAGUCCUUACAAAGCUGUUUCGAAGAGCGCGUACGUGGAAUUGCAAUCCCACAAUGAUGGGGCGGCCCCCAAAUCCGACCCCAAGUUCCUCCCCCUCGAUAUGGACGGCUACUCAGGUUCCAAGAACGUGAAUGGCGUCGACGGUGUUUACGAUUAUGAUGAUGCCGAUGUGGAUGUUGAUGAUUACCCGCUCAUCGGAAAUGGGCCCAAGACCGGAUCCGGUGUGUCGGGUGCGGUGUUUAACCUCACCACGACGAUAAUUGGCGCCGGGAUUAUGGCCCUUCCGGCGACCAUGAAGGUUCUUGGAUUGGUUCUAGGGUUUGUUUUGAUCAUACUGAUGGGUAUACUGUCAGAAAUUAGCGUGGAGUUGUUGGUGAGGUUUUCGGUUUUCUGCAAGGCCUCUUCAUAUGGAGAGGUUGUUGAACGUGCAUUGGGGAAACCGGCUAGGAUUAUGUCAGAAAUUUGUAUCAUAGUGAAUAAUGCCGGUGUUAUGGUGGUUUACUUAAUUAUCAUGGGUGAUGUUCUGUCUGGCUCGGUUCGUCAUGUAGGGGUUUUUGAUCAGUGGCUGGGAAAUGGGUUUUGGGAUCAUAGGAAAUUGGUGAUUUUUAUAAUCCUAGUUUUGUUUCUUGCUCCUCUUUGUGUUUUGGAUAAGAUUGAUUCGUUGAGCACGACGUCUGCAGCUUCAGUGGCACUGGCAGUGGUGUUCGUGAUUGUUUGUUUUACUGUCGCAAUGAUUAAGCUUGUUGAAGGGAAGAUCGAGGCCCCGAGGAUGAGCCCUGAUUUUGGCUCUAAGAAGGCAAUAUUGGAUUUGCUUGUGGUGAUACCAAUCAUGUCUAAUGCUUAUGUAUGCCAUUUCAAUGUUCAACCUAUAUAUAAUGAGCUUGAAAACCGGUCUCCGGACAAGAUGUAUCGGGUAGGGAGGAUUACCACAGUUAUCUGUGUCAUGGUCUAUGCUUCGACUGCUGUAUCCGGGUAUCUGCUCUUUGGAAAAGACACUGAAGCUGAUGUGCUGACCAAUUUCGAUAAGGACCUAGGGAUCCGGUUCAGCUCCGCUCUGAAUUAUAUUGUUCGGGCUGGUUACAUUCUCCAUCUGGUCCUUGUUUUCCCGGUGAUCCAUUUCUCGCUACGCCAAACGGUAGAUGCAUUGCUUUUUGAGAAAUCAGCUCCACUUUCAGAGAGUAGGAAGAGGUGUUUGGCAUUAACUGCUGUACUCCUCGUGCUUAUAUACAUAGGUUCAACAAUGAUUCCUAACAUCUGGACCGCAUUCAAGUUCACAGGGGCGACUACAGCUGUGUCAUUAGGAUUUAUAUUCCCACCAUUGAUUGCAUUAAGAUUGUGUAAGAAAGGUGUGGCUUUAAGUCCAGUGGAGAAAUCGCUAUCGUGGGUCAUGUUAGUACUUGCAGUAAUGGUCAGCAUUGUCGGAGUUAUCGGGAAUGUGUAUGGCCUUGAGAGCAAAUCGGAAUGACCUUAUCACUUCGGUUUUAUUGCAAGUUCACAUGUGGACAAGUUCUGUGUGACUUGGUCAUCUCUUUGCCUGUCCGAUUUAAAGACUCAAAUGGAUUCACACAGUAGAUAUAUUUUUUGACAAUAGUGCAAUUAUUGGUUAUCUCUUUUGGUUGUUCCAUAACGAGGAAUGUCAGUGGAACUCAUGGAUGACCAGAAUCGUGAAGGCUGCUCCAAGGUCCUUUGUAAUUGGAUCUGCUGCAAUAAAUUGUAUUCUCAGAGCAGGAUUUAGAGAUUUACACGUUUGUGGAUGAAUGUUUGGGGAUACGGCGUAUAUUAUGUGAAAAAGAGUGCCACAUGUUUUGGUUGAAACUCACGUAAUUCUUUCAAUGAUUCUCAGUUGAACAUUUCUUUUAUAGGAUUUUAUAGUUUGUAUAAUAGGGGGAGGCAUCCGCCACAGUGAUUAAGUGAUGCCCCACUUUAUGUUUCUUCACUUUUGUUGGAAGCUUUUUCUUAGUUCAGUAUACAUUUAUUCCCUUA